UGCAACUCUGUGUGGUGGCCGAACCACAAACAGCGGCUUUUCACUACGAUUUUACUGAAAAAUCUAUAAAAAUAAGUUAAUUUAGGUAUUAAAAUCCCGUGAAAAACAUUCAACAGUCAUGGCUGAUGCCGCAGCACGUCAGCUGCAGUACGAGUACAAGGCGAACUCCAAUCUUGUGCUGCAAGCCGAUGUCCGACUUAUCGAACGGCCGCGACGAGAUGAAGCGACCGGUGAGGUGUGCUCCCUGGUGGGAAAGCUGGAUGGAACCCGGAUGGGCGAUCGAUACCAGCGAACCAAGCCAGAGAAAACGGAAGAGCGCAAGGUAAAGCGCCAGAAGCGAGAUGAGGCCCAGUACGAUUUCGAGCGGAUGAAGGGCGCAACUUUGCUUUCCGAGGGCAUCGACGAAAUGGUGGGCAUUGUCUACCGGCCCAAAACUCAAGAAACCCGUCAGACCUACGAAGUUCUGCUCAGUUUCAUCCAGGAAGCUUUGGGGGAUCAGCCCAGGGACAUCCUAUGCGGUGCCGCCGACGAGAUUCUGGCUGUGCUCAAAAAUGAUCGGCUGAAGGAUCGAGAGCGGAAAAGGGAUGUGGACAGCCUGCUGGGUGCUGUCACAGAUGAGCGAUUCGCUCUGUUGGUGAAUCUGGGUAAGAAGAUCACAGACUUUGGCAGCGAUGCAGUAAAUGCAUUGACUGCUGCUCCAAAUAACGAGGAGCAAAUUGACGAGACCUACGGCAUCAAUGUUCAGUUCGAGGAAUCUGAGGAGGAAAGCGAUAACGACAUGUAUGGUGAGAUUCGUGAUGAUGAUGCGCAGGAUGAAGGCGAAGAAGCGCGCAUUGAUCACACCCUGCAUGCCGAAAAUUUGGCCAACGAGGAAGCCGCCAACAAUGUUAAGAAGGAGCGCUCCUUACAUCCAUUGGACAUAGAUGCAUAUUGGUUGCAGCGCUGCUUGAGCAAGUUCUAUAAGGAUGCCAUGGUGUCGCAGAGCAAGGCAGCCGAUGUGCUUAAGAUCCUCAAGGAUGCCGCCGAUGAUCGUGAUUGUGAAAACCAAUUGGUGCUCCUGCUUGGCUACGAUUGCUUUGAUUUCAUCAAGCAAUUGAAACUGAACCGCCAAAUGGUUCUUUACUGCACCAUGUUGGCCUCAGCUCAAACAGACAGCGAGCGACAGAGAAUCCGCGAGAAAAUGCGCGGGAAUUCCACACUGGCAAAAAUCCUGCGGCAAUUGGAUACAGGAAAAUCGGAGGAACAAGACGAAGGAGAAGCGCGGGGCAGCAAACGUGGCAAAGGCGAUGCUGAGGAUGGAGGAGCAGCUACCGCUGGUCAGGUGGCUGGAGUGCGGCAGCUCCUGGAGUUGGAGGAAAUGGCCUUUACCCAGGGAUCCCACUUCAUGGCCAACAAGCGCUGUCAGCUGCCUGAUGGCUCCUAUAGGAAGCAGCGCAAGGGCUACGAAGAAGUGCAUGUGCCUGCCCUGAAACCAGUUCCCUUCGAUGCCAACGAGGAGUUGCAACCGGUUGACAAGCUGCCGAAAUACGUUCAGCCUGUCUUUGAGGGUUUCAAGACCCUUAAUCGCAUCCAAAGUCGGUUGUACAAAGCCGCCCUGGACAGUGACGAAAAUAUGCUGCUGUGUGCUCCCACGGGUGCUGGCAAAACCAAUGUAGCCCUGCUCACUAUGAUGCGGGAGAUUGGUAAGCACAUCAACGAGGAUGGGACCAUCAAUGCGCAGGAUUUCAAGAUCAUCUAUGUGGCUCCUAUGAAAUCGCUGGUACAGGAAAUGGUGGGUAACUUUGGACGACGCCUUGCUUGCUAUAAUCUGACGGUAUCCGAGUUGACUGGAGAUCAUCAGCUGACCAGGGAACAGAUUGCCGCCACGCAAGUAAUUGUUUGCACACCGGAAAAGUGGGAUAUCAUUACCCGAAAGGGAGGAGAGCGUACGUUUGUGAGCCUCGUUAGAUUGGUAAUCAUCGAUGAGAUUCAUUUGCUUCACGACGAGCGUGGUCCGGUUCUGGAGGCCCUGGUGGCGCGUACCAUUAGAAAUAUAGAGACCACGCAGGAGGAGGUUCGUCUGGUGGGCUUAUCUGCCACCCUGCCGAACUACCAGGAUGUGGCCACUUUCUUGCGCGUGAAACCAGAUAAAGGCCUUUUCUACUUUGACAACAGCUAUCGACCAGUCUCUCUGGAGCAGCAGUAUAUCGGUGUAACGGAGAAGAAAGCCCUGAAGCGUUUCCAGGUGAUGAACGAAAUUGUAUACGAAAAGACCAUGGAGCACGCUGGACGGAAUCAGGUGCUUGUGUUCGUUCACUCGCGCAAGGAGACUGGAAAAACGGCGAGGGCCGUAAGGGACAUGUGCCUGGAGCAGGAUACUCUUGGAAGCUUCCUCAGGGAAGGAUCAGCCAGCAUGGAGGUGCUGCGCACUGAAGCCGAGCAAGUGAAGAACACAGAGCUGAAGGAGCUGCUGCCCUACGGAUUCGCCAUCCAUCAUGCUGGAAUGACUCGGGUCGAUCGUACCCUCGUCGAGGAUCUUUUUGCUGAUCGGCACAUCCAGGUGCUGGUCUCCACUGCCACGCUGGCAUGGGGUGUGAAUCUGCCGGCUCACACGGUAAUCAUCAAGGGAACGCAGGUCUACAAUCCGGAGAAGGGUCGCUGGGUGGAGCUGAGUGCUUUGGAUGUCCUGCAGAUGUUGGGUCGUGCUGGGCGACCGCAGUACGAUACCAAGGGUGAGGGUAUUCUCAUUACCAAUCACAGCGAGCUGCAGUUCUAUCUCUCCCUGCUCAAUCAGCAGUUGCCCAUCGAGUCGCAGUUCAUAUCCAAGCUUCCUGACAUGUUGAAUGCAGAGAUUGUGCUGGGAACCGUGCAACAUCUUCAGGAUGCAGUGAACUGGCUGGGGUACACCUAUCUGUACAUUCGAAUGCUGCGGAAUCCCACGUUGUAUGGUGUUUCCCACGAUGCCAUUAAGGCGGAUCCCUUGUUGGAGCAGCAUCGGGCGGAUCUACUGCAUACCGCAGCCUGCUGUCUAGAGAGGAGUGGCCUCGUUAAAUACGAUCGCAAGACGGGACACUUCCAGGUGACGGACCUGGGACGCAUUGCUUCCCACUAUUACCUGACCCACGAAACCAUGCUCACUUACAACCAGCUGCUUAAGCAAACUCUCAGCGAGAUCGAACUAUUCCGUGUGUUCUCAUUAUCCUCGGAAUUCCGACACAUUUCUGUCAGGGAAGAGGAAAAGCUGGAGCUACAGAAACUGAUGGAACGUGUGCCCAUUCCCAUUAAGGAGUCCAUUGAAGAGCACAGCGCCAAGGUGAAUGUUCUGCUGCAGGCUUAUAUCUCCCAAUUGAAACUGGAGGGCUUUGCUUUGAUGUCAGACAUGGUGUUCAUCACACAAUCCGCAGCCCGUUUGAUGAGGGCCAUCUUCGAGAUCGUCCUGAACCGCGGAUGGGCUCAAUUGGCAGAUAAAACUUUGACGCUCUGCAAGAUGAUUGACCGAAGGAUGUGGCAAUCUAUGACACCGCUUCGACAGUUCAAGAAGAUGCCCGAUGAGAUUGCCAAGAAGCUGGAGAAGAAGCACUUCCCUUGGGGAAGGCUCUAUGAUUUGGAGCCCCAUGAACUUGGAGAGCUGAUCAGAGUGCCCAAGCUAGGAAAAACCAUCCAUAAGUUUGUGCACCAGUUCCCGAAGUUGGAGCUAUCCACGCACAUUCAACCUAUAACAAGGGGAACACUAAGAGUGGAACUCACUAUCACCCCGGAUUUCCAAUGGGAUGAGAAGGUGCAUGGUCAGUCGGAAGGAUUCUGGGUGUUGAUCGAAGAUGUGGACUCGGAACUCAUACUCCACCAUGAGUUCUUCCUGCUGAAGCAGAAGUAUUCCCAGGAUGAGCACCAGCUGAAGUUCUUUGUGCCCGUUUUCGAGCCUCUGCCGCCGCAAUAUUUCCUCCGGAUCGUCUCGGAUCGCUGGAUUGGAGCCGAGACCCAAUUACCAGUCUCGUUCCGCCACUUGAUUUUGCCCGAGAAGAAUAUGCCACCUACAGAGCUGCUGGAUCUGCAACCACUUCCCAUUAGUGCUCUUCGACAGCCCAAGUUUGAAGCGUUUUAUUCGCAACGUUUCCCGCAGUUCAAUCCCAUCCAGACGCAGGUCUUCAACGCCGUUUACAACAGUGAUGAAAAUGUCUUUGUUGGAGCUCCAACGGGAUCCGGAAAGAUGACCAUUGCGGAGUUCGCCAUUAUGCGUUUGUUCACCACUCAAUCGGAUGCUCGCUGUGUCUAUUUGGUUUCACAGGAGGCUCUGGCGGAUCUGGUCUUUGCCGAUUGGCACAGCAAGUUUGGUUCACUGGACAUCAAAGUGGUUAAGUUGACUGGCGAAACUGGCACCGAUCUGAAGCUAAUAGCCAAGGGACAGCUGGUGAUCACCACUGCGGAUAAGUGGGAUGUGUUGUCGCGCCGUUGGAAGCAAAGGAAGAACGUGCAACUGGUUAAUCUGUUCAUUGUGGACGAACUGCAGCUGGUUGGCGGCGAGGAUGGUCCUGUGCUGGAGAUUGUGUGCUCCAGGAUGCGGUACAUUAGCUCGCAGAUCGAGAAGCAGAUUAGGAUUGUGGCCUUGUCCGCCUCGCUGACCGAUGCCAGGGAUGUGGCCCAGUGGUUGGGCUGCAAUCCCAAUGCCACUUUCAACUUCCACCCAAGUGUGCGUCCCAUACCGCUGGAGCUGCACAUUCAGGGAUUUAAUGUCACCCACAAUGCUACCAGGAUUGCCACUAUGUCCAAGCCGGUUUACAAUGCCAUUCUCAAGUACAGCGCCCACAAGCCGGUGAUUGUUUUCGUUUCGUCGAGGAAGCAGGCCAGGCUCACUGCUAUUGAUGUCUUGACUUAUGCUGCAUCGGACUUGCAACCGAAUCGAUUCUUCCAUGCCGAGGAGGAGGACAUCAAGCCGUUCUUGGAGCGAAUGACGGAUAAAACUUUGAAGGAGACUCUGGCCCAAGGAGUGGCCUAUCUGCAUGAGGGAUUAUCCUCCUCCGAUCACCGCCUGGUGGAGCAGCUCUUUGACUCGGGAGCUGUACAGGUGGCUGUGGUUUCUAGGGAUCUCUGCUGGGGCAUGAGCAUCUCCGCGCACUUGGUGAUCAUCAUGGACACGCAGUUCUACAACGGCAAGAAUCACUCGUAUGAGGAUUAUCCCAUCACCGAUGUCUUGCAGAUGAUUGGUCGCGCCAAUCGCCCCAACGAGGAUGCGGAUGCCAAGUGUGUGCUGAUGUGCCAGAGCAGCAAGAAGGACUUCUUCAAGAAGUUCAUCAACGAGCCGCUGCCCAUCGAGAGUCACUUGGAUCAUCGAAUGCACGAUCACUUUAAUGCGGAGGUGGUGACCAAGACCAUUGAGAACAAACAGGAUGCCGUGGAUUAUCUCACUUGGACAUUCCUCUAUAGGAGAUUGACACAGAAUCCCAAUUACUACAAUCUGCAGGGCGUCACGCAUCGCCAUCUAUCCGAUCAUCUUUCGGAGUUGGUGGAGAAUACCUUGAGCGAUCUGGAGCAGUCGAAGUGCAUCAGCGUGGAGGACGAUAUGGAUACAUUGCCACUCAAUCUGGGAAUGAUUGCCGCUUACUAUUACAUCAACUACACUACUAUUGAACUCUUCAGUUUGUCGCUGAACAGCAAAACGAAAGUACGUGGCCUGCUGGAGAUCAUUUCCUCGGCAGCUGAGUACGAGGAUGUGGUGGUCAGACACCACGAAGAGCAGGUUCUACGCACGCUUUCACAGCGAUUGCCCAACAAACUAACAGGGCCAAAUGAAACGGCUCCAAAGUUCAAUGAUCCCCACAUCAAGACGAAUUUGCUGCUUCAGGCGCAUCUUUCGCGAUUGCAGUUGGGUCCAGAACUGCAGGGCGAUACGGAACAGAUACUUAGCAAGGCCAUUCGACUUAUUCAGGCCUGUGUGGAUGUGCUGAGUUCGAAUGGCUGGCUAUCGCCGGCUGUGGCUGCCAUGGAGCUGGCCCAGAUGGUCACCCAGGCCAUGUGGAGCAAGGAUUCCUACUUGAAACAAUUGCCUCACUUCAGUCCCGAGAUUGUCAAGCGCUGCACAGAAAAGAAAAUCGAAACUGUUUUCGAUAUCAUGGAGCUGGAGGAUGAGGAUCGCACCCGCCUGCUGCAGCUCUCCGAUUUACAAAUGGCCGAUGUGGCUCGUUUCUGCAACAGGUAUCCCAACAUUGAGCUCAACUACGAAGUGGUGGACAAGGAUCGCAUCAAUUCGGGAUCAACCGUCAAUGUGGUGGUUCAACUGGAACGCGAGGAUGAGGUUACCGGUCCAGUUAUAGCUCCCUUCUUCCCGCAGAAGCGUGAAGAGGGCUGGUGGGUCGUUAUCGGUGACCCCAAGACCAACUCCCUGCUCUCCAUCAAACGACUCACGCUGCAGCAAAAGGCGAAGGUCAAGCUGGACUUUGUGGCCCCCAGUCCGGGCAAACACGACUACACUUUGUACUACAUGAGCGAUUCCUACUUGGGUUGCGAUCAGGAGUACAAGUUUUCCAUCGAAGUGGGCGAUUUCCAGUCGGAAAGCGAGAGCGAGUCGGAUUAGUUAUAUUAAGGCACAUCAGUUGGGCAUAGUCGCGCAAAUAAAGAUCAACCAUUUUACAAUUUAAACCAA